CUUUUACUUUAAGUCAAAGUCGAAUAAACAUUUUUGGUUAUGAUUUGAUUAUUGUAAUUAUAAAUUGACUCUUUUUAGUUGCAGCUGUUAAGGAUAUCGAAUAUGUUGGGAAUACGUGCUAUUUGCAACAUAGCCACACCCUCAAAAUCGUUAUUAGUGAAUCAAACUAGAAAUACUUUUAUUUUACGGAGAAGAUGGCCUCCACCGUUGCACAAGAAACACGGAAAACCUGCUAAAAUGAGAGGGAGGCACUUUGUCUAUGAUUUAGUGGAAGACACAAAUGUUGUAAAGAAGCCAGACAUGAAGAUAAUCUUGAACCAAUUUAUCGAUGGUGUCGGAGAGACUGGAGAUGUUUUGACUCUGAGUCCCGCCAAAGCCUACAAGAACUUCCUUGUACCAGGCUUGGCAGUGUAUGCUACACCAGAAAACAUAGCAAAGUAUAAGGUUGAUGAAAACAAGCCGAAAGACAAAAGCAAUUUCAGUUCUCCAUAUGUACAAAGGACUAUGAGCUGUUUGUCACGCCUAGUACUACAGAUAACUAUGAGCAAAACUGAACCCUGGACACUGGAACCUUGGCAUGUGCGGACAUCUUUCCGGAAAGCAGGAUUUGUGGUGCCAGAAGAUACUAUAACUAUGCCUCCAGUCAAAAUCUCAGGUCCUGAUCUGUCUUUGCAGGAGAAAGAAUUUUAUGUGACUGUCAAGAUAAAUAACAAGGAAGAAGUCAAUGUGAGAUGCAGGAUACAUCACUGGGCGACAGGUCUUGAAAAACUACCAUGGGACGAGUUCCAUUGGAAAAAACCUCGUGAACCGCUUAUCCCAGAACAAGCGGCGGAGUUAGCGAAUAUACCCUUAGCUUAAAUAACAUUAUAUUAACUGUUAGUAUAGUAAAGAAAUAAGAAUUA